UGUAGGACCACAAAUAUGGCGGCGCACUGUAGGGUAACGUGACACUUUGUUUUGUGCAGAAGUAAAAGGAAUAAUUUGGUAUUGGUGUAAAAGUCAUGGGUGUAGUGAGACAUGUUGUGUGUGCCAUGUCUGGUGGGGUGGACAGCUCUGUCGCUGCUCUUUUACUCAAACGAAGAGGUUACCAGGUUACAGGAGUUUUCAUGAAGAACUGGGAUUCUCUGGAUGAGAGUGGAGUGUGUACCUCAGAGAGAGACUGUGAGGAUGCCUAUAAAGUGUGCCAGAUGCUGGAUAUGCCCUUUCAUCAGGUCUCCUAUGUCAAAGAGUACUGGCAUGAAGUGUUUAGUAACCUUCUUGGGGAGUACCAGAAAGGCAGGACACCAAAUCCUGACAUAAUGUGCAAUAAACAUAUCAAAUUUAAGCACUUCUAUCAGUACGCAGUCAAUAUAUUAGGUGCUGAUGCCAUGGCAACCGGUCACUAUGCAAGAACAUCUCAGGAAGAUGAGGAGAUUUUCCAGCAGACACACAAACCAGCUCCACAGUUUCUCUUCCGUGAUCGAUUUGAGAUCAGAAAUACUGUGAAGCUAUACCAAGGUGCUGAUCGCCUUAAAGACCAGACAUUCUUCCUUAGCCAAAUCUCACAGGAAGCCCUGCGGCGGACCAUCUUCCCACUGGCUGGACUCACAAAAGAAUUUGCAAAGAAAAUGGCAGCCGAGGCAGGGUUCCAUCAUGUACUGAAGAAGAAAGAGAGCAUGGGAAUCUGCUUCAUUGGUGAGCGGCAUUUUGAGGACUUUAUCCUCCAGUAUUUAGAACCUAAACCUGGACGUUUUGUCUCCAUUGAAGAUGGGAAGAUAAUGGGAGAGCAUAAAGGUUGGUUUACAUUUACUUUAGGACAAAGAGCACGGAUAGGAGGGCAAAAAGAUCCUUGGUUUGUUGUGGAUAAAGACAUCACAACUGGUGAAAUAUUUAUAGGUCCUACAACCAACCACCCUGCACUGCUACGAGACACACUACAGACUAAUCGCUUCCACUGGAUAAGUGGAGAGCCUCCUGCUGUACUGGUGCACACACAGAUGAUGGACUGUCACUUCAGGUUUAUCCACCAGAUGCCUUUAACUCCCUGCAGUGUGACUCUGAAUCUGGAUGGAUCUGUCUGGAUAAGAACAAAGCAGCCUUUGAGAGCACUGACCCCUGGACAGUUUGCUGUGUUGUAUAAUGGUGAUGAGUGUCUAGGCAGUGGGAAGAUUAUUCGACUGGGCCCCAGUGAGCACACACUCCAGAGGGGCCGUAAUCGGCAGCCACCAGAGGCAGCUGUCUGAAACGAGUUGCGUCGAACCAGCACACAGACUCACGUACACACACACACACCCUACCUCUCAGUGCAUUCUCACCCAUGUCUGAAGAGGAGGGCAAAUAUCUGGACUUUUGAAAUGUUUGUGGACAAAUUCAGGAUUUUAUACUUGCUGCAAAAGAACUCUUUAGAAUAUUUAAUAAUUCUAAUGAUUGAAUCUACUCAGAAUGCUGUAGUAUGCCAGGUUUAUUAAAUUAUUGUACUGCUUGUCAUAUAUAUAAAACUAUUUAAUUGAAGUCCUGGUAUAAAAUGGCUACCAUCCUACCUGUCAUAUGAGAAAGUCUAUUUGAAUUGAAAUUCAUUUAA